UCGGAACCCAACUCGUGACCGACUCGGCGACAUAUAAGUCUCCCCUCUCUUACAAAUCGCAAGUGGUACGUCCGCAAACGAAAUAUAUAUACUAUAUACUACGUACGCGCAGAGGCCAGAGGCGACGGUUCCAACAGCCGAAGCGAAAUCAACCUGCGAUGGCGGCGGCAGCCCUUGGACACGCGGCGUUGAGGAUCGGCGGCCGCGCUCUCCAGAGGGCCGCCCUGUCCCCGGCGGCGCAACGCCGGCUUGUCCACACCAGGGUGCCCACACACGAUGAGAAAAUAGACGUCGCGGCUCGCUUGAUGCGCAUCCAGGAUCUGAAAGAGGAGCUGUACAAUCAGAUCGCCGCGUGCAAAGACAAGUACAUGGUCAGUGGCAACAUAGGCCGAAACAAUACUCAUCUGCUCGAGCAUCUCUCGGAACAAAUCAAACCUAGACACGACGACCCACGCUGGCGCUCGUGUCGGCGAUGGGCGUUUGUCAACGAUGUCUACAAAUACUCUGGCGCCGUCUUCAUUGCCACCACGGCCGCAAAUCUCAUCUUCUAUUCCGUUCACAAGAUUUAUCCAAGAGAGGAGAAUAAUGACAAGAGGGUCCUCGAUGCAGGGCUCAAGAAUGUCUUUUCAUGUUAGCCCGGAAAACAAGAACUAAACUACCGGGUCUAUUUGUUAUUAGACGUACGUUUCAUUGUGUGUUAUGACGUUUCAUUGUA